AUGGCUGAAUCUUCAUCACAAACAGAAGGCAGAAAAAGGGGGAACAGGGAAGAACCAGAAUUAUUUUCUCAUGACUCCAGGAGUCUCCUGUCUAAAGAUCUGCUGCUGUGUCCGAUCUGUGUGGAUGUGCUCACUGAUCCAGUCACCACUCCGUGUGGACACAACCUCUGUAAGAGCUGCCUUACACAGUGCUGGGACAUGAAUCAACACUGUCGCUGUCCAUUAUGUAACAAGAAAUUCACCAAGAGACCUGAACUGAAGAUUAAUACAACACUGAGAGAGGUUGCAGAUCGAUUCAAGAAGAAAAGUGGUUCUGACAAACCUGAGGUUCUUUGUGAUGCCUGCAGUGGAGAGAAACUGAAGGCCCUAAAAUCCUGUCUGGAUUGUGGACUGAGUUUCUGUAAAAUUCAUUUAGAGCCACAUUAUCAUGUUCCAAAACUUAAGAAACACAAACUAAUAAACCCUGUGGAGAACCUGGAGGCCAACAUAUGCCAGAAACAUGAGAGAGCUCUGGAGCUGUUCUGUAGAGAUGAUCAGAAGAGUCUCCUGUCUAAAGAUCUGCUGCUGUGUCCGAUCUGUGUGGAUGUGCUCACUGAUCCAGUCACCACUCCGUGUGGACACAACCUCUGUAAGAGCUGCCUUACACAGUGCUGGGACAUGAAUCAACACUGUCGCUGUCCAUUAUGUAACAAGAAAUUCACCAAGAGACCUGAACUGAAGAUUAAUACAACACUGAGAGAGGUUGCAGAUCGAUUCAAGAAGAAAAGUGGUUCUGACAAACCUGAGGUUCUUUGUGAUGCCUGCAGUGGAGAGAAACUGAAGGCCCUAAAAUCCUGUCUGGAUUGUGGACUGAGUUUCUGUAAAAUUCAUUUAGAGCCACAUUAUCAUGUUCCAAAACUUAAGAAACACAAACUAAUAAACCCUGUGGAGAACCUGGAGGCCAACAUAUGCCAGAAACAUGAGAGAGCUCUGGAGCUGUUCUGUAGAGAUGAUCAGAAGUGUGUGUGUCAGUUCUGUAUUGAGACAGAUCACAAGAAUCAUGACACUGUUCCUAUAGAGGAGGAGAGCAGAGAGAGGAAGACUAAGCUGGUGGAAACACAGACUGAUGUGCAGCAGAUGAUUCAGGACCGACUGAAGAAGAUAAAAGAGAUCAAACACUCAGUAGAACAAAGCAAAGUAAGCACAGAGAAAGAGAAAGCAGACAUUGUUGAAGUCUUCACUGCUCUGAUUCACUCCAUUGAGAGAAGUCAGGCUGAGCUGCCGGAGAUGAUGGAGGAGAAGCAGAAAGCAGCAGAGAGGAAGGCUGAAGGACUCAUUAAAGAGCUGGAGCAGGAAAUCAGUGUGCUAAAGAGGAGAGACAGGGAGCUGGAGCGGCUCUCACACACUGAGGAGCAUCUCCACCUCCUACAGAUUUACUCCUACAUGUGCAGCCCUCCACACACCAAGAACUGGACUGAGAUCAGCAUUAACACUGAUAUGAGUGUGGACACUGUGAGGACAGCUCUGUCUCAGCUUCAGCAGACUCUGAAUGAGAAACUCACUAAAUCAGUCAAUGACAAGUUAAAGAAAACAGUUUCCACAGAACUGAAGAGGAUUCAGCAGUAUGCAGUGGAUGUGACUCUGGAUCCUGAUACAGCAAAUCCAUAUCUCAUCCUGUCUGCUGAUGGAAAACAAGUGACACAUGGAGACAAAAGACAGAAUCUCCCUGAUACACCACAGAGGUUUUAUCGGUAUAUCUGUGUUCUGGGAAAGCAGGGUUUCUCCUCAGGGAGAUUUUAUUAUGAGGUGCAGGUCAGAGGGAAAACUGGCUGGAUAUUAGGAGUCGCGAGAGAGAACAUUAACAGGAAGGGGAAGAUUACACUGACUCCUCAGAAUGGAUUCUGGACUGUGUUACUGAGGAAUGAGAAUCAGUAUGAUGCUUGUGAAGGUCCCUCUGUCCCCCUCACACUGAGAGAGAAGGUGGAGGUGGUGGGGGUGUUUGUGGAUUAUGAGAAGGGUCUGGUCUCCUUUUAUGAUGUGAAGUCCAGAGCUCAUAUCUACUCUUUCACUGGUCAGACUUUCACUGAGAAACUCUAUCCAUUCUUCUAUCCGUGUUUAAAUGAAGGAGGUAAAAAUUCAGCACCACUGAUCAUCUCUCCUGUAUUUAACACUGAAUAAAUUUA